UAUAAGUAUCUGCGCUGAGCGUGUGUUUUUUGGAAAUUCGCGGAAAAGCCGGUGAGGGGCAGGUUGGCAGGUAUACAAGAAUAACAGUGCUGAGUUUUUGUGAUUCUUGAGGGUGAUCGUUUUGGAGCAUCGGAGUCUUGCAGGACUGCAGGAGGUUUGUGUGAGCUUUCUUGGAACAUAUAAUUAAUGACUGAAUUUUUCGCCGAGAAUCUGCGUUUUCGAAAGAAUGAGGAGAAAACGCCACUACAAACGUGUUGGUGCGCGGCGACGAUCAAACAUUUUUCGAGCAUCUGUGGCAUAAUCGAUUCGGUGGAUGUUGUUGCAGUAUGCGAUGAGAUAAAAAAUAAAUUUGUGGAAACACAAGGUAAAGCCCGAUGCUCGCUGUAUUUAGCUUCACAAUUGAUGUUUGGCGCUGUCAAAGUAUUCCAAGCACAAACGGAUUCAUGUUUGAGGGCCUGUCAAUAUCUCUGCGAAUCGUUCAUGCUGCGGGCAGAGACAAAGAACAAAGCAACAAAGAAGAAAGAUAAUGAAUACGGCGAACCUAAGAGUAGUCCAGCAGAAGCAAGUCCGAAAAUUCCGGAAAUUCCGGAGGUCGAUAUUUUUAGUUUAUUAGAGAAAGAUUCUGCAAAAGAUGUCAAUCUCAUAGAAGAAAUUGACUUUCCUUCAGACCACGCGAAUGAUCUGUCCUUUGCAUUUUCUCACGAUGCCGAAAGUGACGACGCCGCAAUGGAGGAAGAGUUCGAUCGCGAACUGCAACGAACACUAAGACAAGAAAAGGAUAUACCUCCACGGCUUUCGACAGAUUCUCCUCCACAUGAAAACGCACCAUCAAUUGAUAAUGUGCAAUCGCCGCAUAUUCCUGGUAAUGAAAAUGAUGCCAUGGUUCAGGAUCAAAUGUCCUUAGACGAAAAUCAUAUUCACGACGACAUGCGACGAAAAUUACAGAAAACGCCAAUAAGGAAAGCUCGCCCAAUCUUGAGAGAUAUAAACGAGUCUAUGCCUGUAAGUGUGCGUGCCGAUUUUUCACCAUUGGCAUCAAAAGUUCCAUCACUUCCUCAAUCACCAUUAUUUAUGUCACCGGUGCUCGGGAAAAGAAAAAGACGGCCACCAACCUUAGGUCGAGAUGUUACCAUCGUGGAACCAAUUGCGCAAGCCGCUCUACCUACUGAUUCGCCGCAGCAAUCAAGGCUACCUAUGGAAUGCGCUACUCCCCCCCGGCUUUUUUCGACAACUUUAGGAGCAUUCGAGUCGCCGUCCGAAAAUGACGAACUACCUGAUAGACAAUCUAAUAUCCAGCCUGAAAAAGAAAAGGAAUCUGCGAUAGAAAAUGACGAAGCUAUUGAAUCUAUCUUUGGCAAAAAAAGUUUCUCAUUACUUGCGGACGAUGAAGGCAGCACUAAAUCGUUGUCACAAAGUAGAGCCAGUAGUCAAAAAGUUACAACAAUGCUCACGGAUAACAGUGCCAAUAGACGUCGGGCUAAAAAAAGGAUAUUCCGAGAUUCAGAAAAAACGAUAGAUGAUGGAGAUUUUGCGAAAAGACUGAAGAAUACCAAUUACUUAAUUAAAAAAAAGGAAAAAGUAUUGGUUACAUCAAGCAUUUUUUCGCAAUUAUCAGGAGCUAGAUUUUUACUUACAUUGCCGUGUGCACUGCAGAAACAAAGUAGCAUUUCGAAUCGCCUUAUACAGCUAUACCAGCAGGAUAUCCAAGUGCUAAAAAAAUUAGCUAAAAAGCCAACUGAGCCUCAACAUUCAUCUCAACGUUCGGGAAAUCAAUCUUAUGAUGAAGAAGAAAUCCCUCACCCGUCGCCUGCUGCAACAGGCAUAGAAGAAAACGUGGAGGAUGACGAUAUUACGAUGCCACAAGACAAUGUACUAAACAAACAAAGUUUGCAAUCACCAACCGGAGUACAAAAGGAUUAUGUUAACGACGAAGAUGAAGUCCAAGAUAAUAAUACAUCAAUUACAUCAGAUCCUGCAGUUCCAACUUCAUGCAUAACAGCGCAAGUAAACUCUAGUCAAUCAACAGUUGUUGCAGCCUCAGUUGGAACCCUAUCACCAAGCGCAUCACUCAAUAAAGAAAACGAGCAGAUAUUUUAUCGUCCAGCCUCACAUAGCACAUCGAUUCAGUCAAAUCCUAGUCAACUAUUCGAGACAUCACAAACUGCGGAUAUAAAUGAAGUAUCCAACGAGAUCGACGAUCGACAGCAAGAAAACAAUCAAGUCCUUCACCAAGCUAAAAAAUUCAAAGCAGGAGAAACUGAAUUUGAAAUAGAUUUAACAGUUCAGAAUUCGAAAACAAUCUUCUUAUCGCUUGAGGAUUUCUAUGCAAGAGUUAAAACAUUUUGGAACGAGUGCGAUAAAUUAAAUAGGAGAAUAAACGGCAAAGUAAUAGCUGUCUUCCAAGAGGUUGUAUCUCCGGAGAAUAGCAACUUGUACGAAGUUUUGAAAUAUUUGAUAUACUGCUUCAUGUUGGAACGGGAUAGAAAGAUGGACUUACAUCAACAAAAACCCUGGAAUUCCUUGUACAUUCUACAAAGAUAAUAGUUCAAAUUUAUUAAUUUGAUUUCCAUAACAAUUUGAUAUGCAACUUCUGAUUUUUUUAUAAUGAUAUUGAAUGACUGUAGGCAAUUGUGAAACAUUAAUAUUUUUAUAAA